AUGGCUUUUGAUAAGCUGAUGUGUGAAAUCUGCGGAAAAGGCGAUGAUGAGGAUCUUAUUAUCAUUUGUGAUAAGUGCAACAAGGGUUUCCACCUCUAUUGCCUAACCCCUAUUCUGCCCUCGGUGCCUUCGGGUGAUUGGUUUUGUAGCAAAUGCUGUGAAAAGAAGCAGCAGCAAUACAGAACCGUUCGCCGCAAGCUAGAGGAGAGCCAAUCUCUCAUUGUGGAUUUCUUCAAGCUAGAAAGACCAAUUCCUGUAGUGUCGAAGUAUGAGCUGCGUUCCAACACAAUCAAAGCUUCUUCAAUCAUGACAGCCGUUCCUUCCACAUCAAAGCGAAGUGGGUACCUUAAAUGCUACAACCCUUCUACAAACCCAGAAAAGAUUAAGAAUCAGCAUGUAGCCCUUGCCUCUGCUAUGUAUCAGCAAGGCAUCGCAUAUAGUUAUGACUUAGUCUAUAAAGAGGGUUGUAAACCAUCAAUGAACUGUGUGAAAUAUGACGAACAACGUCACUUGCUACGAGAAAUGUGCAAGAGUGAUCGUGCAGUGUACGACACAACAAAGCGGUUAGCGAAGGAGGGUUACAUGGUCCCUGUGAUCGUUCGACAAGAUAAGAUCCAAGGUUUUGUGGUGAUAGCCGAUGAGAUCAUAAAGAAAGACACUCUGCUAACAGAAUAUAUUGGAGAGGUGGAUAUAUUGGCAAAGAACGAGCAGAACAGUAAUGACAGCAUUAUGGACCUACUACGUAGUGGGAAUCCAGAAACAUCUCUUGUCAUUAUUCCUGAACAUUUCGGAAACCUAGCUCGGUAUUUUAGCGGAAUAAACAACAGCGACUCAAAAUCUCGUAAAAAACAGAAUGUGCGCAGUGCUCGUUAUGUAAUUGAUGGUCAAAUCCAUGUCCUUUUAAUCGCGAAACGUGAUAUCAGUCCAGGGGAACUGCUCAUGUUUGAUUAUAAUGGGCUCGAUAAUAAUUAUCCAACAAGUCAUUUUGUGUAG